CCACCAUGGCUGCCAGCAAACCAAACCUUUUUCCUGAAUACUUGAACGAAUCCCUGAUUCUCGAGGCUCUCGAAUGUGGUCUUGAGUAUCCCACGCGUAUCAGUGUCAAAAUCGAUCAAUUCAUCGUUCGAACGGCCACCACCGCUGGAGACAACUACUUGAGCGAUGUGUUUCGAGUUUGGGUGUGUUUUAAGAGAGUUUCUGGUUCGGUACAACCGGACGAGGAAAUAUCGUUGAUUGUGAAGUGCAUGCCGGAUACCGGCUUCCGUGGACCCGUCAUUGGAAUGCUUAAUGCGUACGAAAAGGAAGUCUACAUGGUACGUAACGUGGUUCCUGAACUGUCCCGUUUGGCGAAUGGAGAAAAAUUUGCCGCCAAAAUAUUCUAUGCAACUAGCGACCCAGUACGAUUGAUCAUCUUCCAAGAUCUGAAGGCUUUGGAGUUCACGAUGGCAGAUCGCAGUCUAGGAGGCUUAGAUUACAACCAUUGCUCUACAGUUAUGCGCAAGAUCGCCAAGUUCCACGCUGCUUCGAUGAUGCUGGCAAGCAGCAGUAAGUCUAAGUUCAAUGAACUAACUGAACGCUUGGAGUACGGGUUUAUGAAUCCACAUGUUGCCUUGGAGGACAAUACUAUGUUGGACAUUUUGGCCAAUGGUUUAACAUCUCUCAUAAACUGUGCAGAGAAGUACUGGACAGGUUUCAGCCCCAAUAUCAUCGCAAAACUAAAACGGAUGUCGCCACGCUACAAGACCCGUAUUCAGAGUUGCUUGAAUCAAAAGUUUGCCAACGGGUAUAAAGUGGUAAACCAUGGGGACUUAUGGAUGAACAACAUUCUGUUUCAGUACGACACUAACGGAAACUCGAAAGAUGCCAUGUUCGUCGAUUAUCAACUGAGCUGCUACACAAGCCCAGGGAUAGAUCUGAACUAUUCUCUGGUGAAUUGUCCAAAUUUCGAGGUACGGGAGAAUCGAAGAGACGAUUUGGUAAAUGUGUACCAUACUACCCUGAAGUCAAGCUUGGAAGCAGCAGAUUAUGAGAAUAUACCAACGUUGGACGAUGUAAAACUUGAAAUCAAAAGAAUGGGCUUUUUUGGUUUUAUCGCAGCAGUAUCCAUUCUGCCGAUCGUAAUGAUGGACACCUCAACGGAAGUAGACAUCAGCUUCGACGCUUUGGUGGACGAGCAGAAAGCAGAAAAACUACGCCUUCUGCAGUACAAUGGAGGGCGGUACCGCAAAUCUAUCACUGUGCUGUUGGAACGAUUCGAUCGUGAGGGAUUGCUUGACUGAAUGAUCGUUUACAAUGUAAUGAUUAUCAGUCACUCUACCUGCAAGAUAAUUAUCCGAUGUAAAAACAAAACGGUAAUUUCCGAUAUGACUAUUUCUCAUCUUGUAGAUAUGCAACAUCAUCAUUUAUCAAAGACAACUAUAAUUAAAUGAUGAUUUUUCAUAUUACUAGAUGCCUUUUUGAUAUGUUAAAAUAUUUCCUGCAUGAAAAACGCUCAGCAAUAAAUUAUAAACUUAUUUUAAGUAAAAACAUCAAAUUACCAUAGCAAUAAAAAAUAA